CCGGAUCGCGAGGACAAACUGUUCAUCAUAUUAUAACGGCGCUCAUGUUUGUGUUGGAAUUCUAGAAGUGUGGAAUUGGUCCUAUGUGAGAAAUGUAAGUCAGGUAGACUUUCAAGGUGUCGCGAAUUUUUCACGUAGGGAGGACCGGACUUCGCGCACUGACGACUAGCCAAUCGCAGAGCAGCGAGGAAGUAGAUUCGACCAAUGAGAGGCGGGCUGUGUUUGUGGCCUCAGACUUUAUAACGGGCACAGCCCCCGUCUAGAUCUCCGCACGCCAUCUGAUCUGCAGCAGUAACCGGCAAAACUCAUCGUACCGCAGGCAUGGAGGACAUGGCACAGUUCGCACAGCUAGCCCAGCUGGCCCAGCGCAACCCUGAGAUCAAGUAUACAGAGAUCUUCAUCAACAAUGAGUGGCACAACUCUGUAAGUGGGAAGACUUUCCCAACCAUCAAUCCUGCUACAGAGGAGAAGAUUGCAGAUGUGCAGGAAGGUGACAAGGCAGAUGUGGACAAGGCUGUUGCCGCUGCCCGGGCGGCCUUCAAGCUGGGCUCCCCCUGGCGGACCAUGGAUGCAUCGCAGCGAGGCAGGCUCAUGCACAAGCUGGCAGAUCUGGUUGAGCGAGACAGCGUGUACCUGGCUAGUCUGGAGGUGUUGGACAAUGGAAAACCUUUUGUUGAUGCGUAUGAGGGGGAUUUGGGUGAAAUCGUCAACGUGCUUCGCUACUACGCCGGCUGGUCUGACAAGGUCUGUGGGAAAACCAUCCCUGUAGAUGGACCCAUGUUCAGCUACACCAGGCAUGAGCCAGUGGGAGUAUGUGGGCAGAUCAUACCUUGGAACUACCCAUUGCCCAUGAUGGCCUGGAAGAUUGGGCCUGCCCUGGCCUGUGGAAAUACUGUCAUCCUGAAGCCAGCCGAGCAGACACCUCUCACUGCACUGCAUGUGGCUGCACUGGUAGUCGAGGCUGGUUUCCCCCCAGGUGUGAUGAACGUUGUCCCCGGUUACGGCCCCACGGCUGGAGCCGCCAUCGCUGAACACAUGGAUGUGGAUAAGGUCGCCUUCACUGGGUCAACUGAGGUUGGGAGGAUUAUUCAGCAGGCUGCAGGAAAGAGUAACCUGAAGCGGGUGUCACUGGAGCUGGGGGGAAAGAGCCCGCUCAUCGUGUUUGCUGAUUCUGAUCUUGAUGAUGCAGUGGAGACAGCCCACGGUGCGCUGUUCGGCAACAUGGGGCAGUGCUGCUGCGCCGGGUCUCGUACGUUCGUGGAAGAGACCAUCUAUGACGAAUUUGUCAAGAGGAGCGUCGCACGGGCCAACAGCCACACCGUCGGGCAAGGGUUCGACCUGAAGGUAGACCAUGGACCUCAGGUUGACAAAGAGCAGUUUGACAAGAUUCUGGCGCUCAUCGAGAAAGGGAAGGAAGAGGGGGCCCAGCUCGGGUGUGGCGGCAGUCGCCAUGGUGACAAGGGGUACUUCGUGCAGCCCACGGUGUUCUACGACGUGCAGGACCACAUGAAGAUUGCCACGGACGAGAUCUUUGGACCGGUUCAGAGCAUCAUCAAGUUCAAGUCCAUUGAGGAGGCGAUCGACCGAGCCAACAACACGACCUACGGGCUGGCAGCCGGUGUGUUCACUAAGGACAUCGACAAGGCCCUGACCAUCGCCAACAGUGUGCAGGCAGGAUCUGUCUGGGUGAAUUGCUAUGAUCCGGGCACGCUUCAGGCCCCUUUUGGAGGGUUCAAGAUGUCUGGCCAUGGACGGGAGCUAGGAGAGUAUGCUCUACAUGAGUACACUGAAGUCAAGACUGUGACCAUCAAGCUGCCCCAAAAGUGUUAGCAUAAGAAUGUUGCCUACACUACAACUCUACAGCAGAAAGUAGAAGUCUCCUGAAGGGUUUUCUAAAUG